UAAACUAUAAUUAGUUUACCACAUUCCUUCUGUAGUUUGAUUUUUCCAAAGUAUAUAAUGUGAAUUUCUUACCUUACAUCAUGCAAUUGUGAUAUAGUCUUAUGUGAAUUGUGUAUUGAAUAGGCUAUGGAUAAAAAAGACAAUGCCCUUGUCCCCCUGGUUCCUCCAGAAAAUAAGGUGGGGUUGCUCUUUUUUAUUUUAAUAUGUUAUAAUUUAUCUUAAUUAGAAUGAUUUGAAUGGUACAGCUCUGUAUGUUAAUUUGUUUUUCUCUGUUUCUUCUUGAAAUUUUUAGAACAGGCAAGAAGAAUUGCUAGAGUUUUUUGAAGAGACCUGUGUACAGGCUGUGGCAAAAUGCAGUGGUAUCAUUAUCAGUCACCCAUUUUAUGUGAUCUCAGUCAGAAUGAUGGUUCAGUUUGUUGGUCAAGAAACUAUUUACAGUGGACUAUGUGCAUCAGUUAAAGAGAUCUAUAACAAUGAAGGACUUGGUGGAUUUUUUAGUGGUAUCAUUCCUCGUCUUGUUGGAGAAGUCCUGUCCCUUUUGUUAUAUCGAGGAGCUUGCUUCUUGGUCAGCAAAUAUGCUAUUGACAGUGAGGUCGGCAGAAGUAAAGAAGUACAAGCGUAUAGAGAUGUACUUUUCCAGAACAACAUCAAGCAUAGAAUGUGAACUUCUCGAAGUAAGAAAUUCGAGGGAGGAAAAAGAAACCGGACAACUUUUAACCUGGGUCAAGAAUAGAAUGAAAGCAAAAAUUUGGAAAUCAAGAGAUACAAGGGAGGAAAAUGAAGAUGGAGGGAAGCAUCCAAUAAGAGUCGGAAGAUGAGGAUGAAAACAGGGACUCAAAGAGGAUUGGAGAAUUGGAAUGGGAAAUGCACAGAGAGAUCAAUGAUGAAGAACUCGGCAAACUAUGGCUGAAAUCCAUGAUGCCAUGAAGAUGCUCCGUAUUGAAGUAGAGAGAGGGAAGAAGACCCAAGAGACGAAGAUAGAGAGAGGCGGAGAAGAGAAAGAGAGAGAAGCAGACAGGAGGACAGAGACAGGUUAAGGCAAGAGAGGAGGGUCGAGGAGGAACGGCGCGGAGAGACACCUGUCCAACCG